GAUCUUGAAUCACGCAAUAUUUCAUUUCAGACAGAACACUGUGAAAUGCUCGGAAUUGACGCAGCAGUGGAGGGCACGGAGUCAGAUGACUUCGAUACUUCCGGGCAGAGAGCAAGGUUGGACACGUGUGACCCAUCAGACGUGAGACUCUCGCAAACGGCUGAGUAUUUGCUUGCUUUAAAAGCAGAAAGUCAGCUAACUCAAACUGCGGUUGACAAAGUAAUGGAUGCGACGAGCAGUUUGAUUGCUUCUGUCCUUUCAACUCUCAAGCAUCAAUUUCGUCAAAAAUUGGAAACCGUUGAGAACCUACAGGACCAAGAUCAAGUUAUGGACUUGUUGGAAUAUUGCUGUAAGGAUGAUGUUUUUUCCAACCUAGGUACAAGAUACAAGCAAGAGACUUUUUUUCAAGAAAAGUUUCACUUUGUGUAAUGAGUCUACUGUCGUCCUGCUACCU